CGCUUGUGCUUCUUCAUGCUUUAUGUCCUCCUACAUAAAUCAAGCACAAUAAGAGAGCAGCAACAGCAAGCAAGUUUCUCUGCAGACUUCAUCAUGCCUUCCUCUAUUCAUCAACCUAUGCUAAACCCUUCUUCCAGCAACGCCAAUGUCAGCUCCAAGAUCUUUAUCUGCUUCCUCUUCCUGUCCACAAUUAUGUUCUCCAGUAUUUUUCUUGCCCCUUAUUUGAUCACAUUCAGCCACUCUAAGCCAAUUGCUCCUGCCAGUGUGUGUGACAGAGCCCAUGAGCCACAAGCGUGUUUGAGAAUGGUAUCUGAAGCUGUUGCGGCUGAUGAUGGAGUACAAGAACUAAAUGGCGUUCAUCUACUAAAGACUUUGUUGAUAGAAUCUCUUCCACAAAUGAGAAUGGGAAUAGAAUCUGCCGGUUAUAUAAUUCGCCGCACCAAUGAUCACAAGGAUAAAGCUGCGCUAGCUGAUUGUUUAGAGCUGAUGGACUUGUCGAUUGAUCGAGUAAAUCAUACAUUAGCUGCUUUAGCCAACUGGGGCUCGAAAUCUGAUGCUGAUGAUGCACAUACAUGGCUUAGCGGUGUGCUCACUAACCAUGUUACAUGCUUAGAUGGGAUUGUCCUCACAGGCCAACAGUCCAUUAAGAACUUGAUGCAAGAUUUGAUCUCAAGAACAAGAACAUCUCUAGCAGUUCUUGCUAGCCUUUCAGCUUCGAACAAGGGUAAUCUCCGGCCGUUAAGUGGGGGCUUUCCGUGGUGGAUCAGGGUGAAAGAUCGAAAAAUUUUGGGAAGUUCAUCAGAAAAUAUCCAGGCAAAUGUUGUGGUCGCACAAGAUGGGAGUGGAGAUUAUAGUACAAUUCAAGAAGCUGUUGCAUCAGCUCCAGAUAAGAGUAAAACCAGGUACGUAAUAUAUGUGAAGAAAGGGACUUACAUAGAGAAUGUGGAGAUUGCUAAGAAGAAGAAGAAUUUGAUGAUUUUUGGCGAUGGUAUGAAUUUGACAAUCAUUACUGGUAGCCUCAAUGUUGCUGAUGGAUCAACAACUUUCAGAUCUGCCACACUUGCUGUUGCAGGGGAUGGUUUCAUACUACAAGACGUUUGGGUACAGAACACAGCAGGACCAGAGAAGCACCAAGCUGUAGCACUUCGAGUCAGUGCUGAUCAAGCUGUUAUAAACCGUUGCCAAAUUGAUGCAUUCCAAGACACACUCUAUGCACACAGCUAUAGACAAUUCUACAGAGAUUGCUACAUUCUCGGGACCAUUGAUUUCAUAUUUGGUAACGCAGCAGUUGUGCUUCAGAAAUGCGAAAUCAUAGCUAGAAAACCAAUGUCACACCAAAAGAACAUGGUCACUGCACAAGGUAGAGUAGACCCAAAUCAGAACACAGGAAUUUCAAUCCAAGAUUGUAGAAUCAUUCCAGGUCAGGACUUAGAACCAGUACCAGAUGUGUUCCCUACAUAUCUGGGUAGGCCAUGGAAAGAAUACUCGCGGACUGUGGUGAUGGAGUCUUACAUUGACAAGCAUAUUGAUCCUGCUGGUUGGGCAGAAUGGAAUAAGGAGUUUGCAUUAAGCACACUGUACUAUGGUGAGUAUGCAAAUAGAGGGCCUGGUGCAGGUACUAGUAAGAGAGUGAAUUGGGAUGGUUUUCAUGUCAUUACAGAUCCAAUUGAGGCCAGGAAAUUUACUGUUGCAGAGCUGAUACAAGGUGGAGCAUGGCUAAGCUCUACUGGCGUGUCUUUUACUGAAGGACUGUAGAGGCUCUGUUCCAUCGAAAUUAUCUUAUGUUGUAUGUGUUAUGUAAUGCAAUAUUUUAAUUUGCCAUUUUAUGUUUUUA